AUGUCGUCAGUUGUCGUUUUGGGUCAUAGUUUUAUUCGUCGUUUGGACUUGAGCCUUACGGGUUUAUGGACAAAUCUAGGUUUUGACCCUCAGCAGUUACACGUAUUGUGUCUUAGUAAAAGUGGCGGAAAAAUUCCCAAUAUCUACGCUCGUGGUUUUACUGAUGCUAUUCAGCAAGCUAAGCCUUCUGUGGUUCUAUUACAAAUUGGAGGAAAUGAUUUGGAUUGUGCUGACAUUGAACGGGUGAAGGACACUAUCGUUACUGACCUAUUUUCGAUAGCAGGGUGGUUAGUGCACGGUUUUGAUAUUCAGCGUGUUGGGUUUCUACAGUUGUUUUAUCGCCAGAAAACUAGAGUGACACCUGUGUCAGUGUAUAAUGCCUCAGUAGAUUGGGUGAAUUCGACGCUAAAGCAGCGUUGUGCUGUUUCAAAUGUUUGUAUCUAUUGGCGGCAUAAGGGCCUUAAACAUGGCGUCUCGGAAAAUCUGUGUAGGGAUGGUGUACACUUGUCUGAUAAGGGUAUGCGCAAGUACAUCUACUCCGUGCGGGGAGCAGCUCUACCGGGUGUGCGAUUGGCCGGAACGGGCACGUGA